AGGAAACUAGCCUGUUCGUGGAUUGGCCCUCACGGAGACCCAUUGCUGGCCGCGGGGAGUGCUGGGAAAAAGAGAAUAUGGCGGCUGGGCCCAGCAAGACGGAGAUCCAAACGCUCUUCAGGCGGUUAAGGGCUGCGCCGGCUAAUAAGUCCUGCUUUGACUGUGGUGCAAAGAAUCCGAGCUGGGCCAGCAUCACUUACGGGGUUUUUCUCUGUAUUGACUGCUCCGGAGUCCAUCGGUCAUUGGGGGUGCACCUCAGCUUUAUCCGGUCUACAGAGCUUGACUCCAAUUGGAGCUGGUUUCAGCUGAGAUGUAUGCAAGUGGGUAGCAACGCCAAUGCGACUGCCUUUUUCCGCCAGCAUGGUUGCACCACCACAGAUGCCAGUGCCAAGUAUAAUAGCCGUGCAGCCCAGGUGUAUCGGGAGAAGAUACGACAGCUGGCAAGUGCUGCCAUGGCCAAAUACGGGAAUGAUCUCCUGAUUGAUGGGUUAAGUGGGACACCAGGCCAUUCUCCAGAAAAGAGUGAUGCUGACUUCUUCCUGGAACAUACACAAGCUUGUAAUACCUGGGAUGUGACUGAGACAGGUCAGAGCACUGUGGAAUCUUCACUGGAGUUAGAGAGAGUUACAAAGCCAUCUGAAAACAGUGAGGUUCCAUAUCCCAACCAAGGUCCAUCAACUGACUUGCUGAGCACUUCUCCUAAAGUCUCUCUUGACGCAUCCAUGUGUCUGUCUUCGCAAGGGGCUACUCCUGCCAGAGAAAUAAAGCCUUCCCUUAUUGGAAAGAAGAAGCCAGGUGCUACCAAGAAAGGGUUGGGAGCCAAAAAAGGUCUUGGAGCUCAGAAAGUGAGCAGCCAGAGCUUCACAGAAGUUGAGCGACAGGCACAGGUGGCAGAAAAGCUGAGGGAGCAGCAAGCUGCAGAGUGCAUGAAGCAAGCAGAAGAGUCUCUAGUGACCUCAAUGAGACUAGCCUACCAGGAGCUGCAGAUUGAUCGGAAGAAAGAGGAGAAGAAACUUCAGAAUCUGGAAGGAAAGAAACGUGAACAGGCUGAAAGACUGGGCAUGGGCUUGGUGUCCAGAAGUUCCAUCUCACACUCUGUCCUUUCUGAGAUGCAAGUGAUAGAACAAGAGACACCAGUGACUGCAAAGUCCUCUCGGUCUCAGCUGGAUUUGUUUGAAGAUACUGGAAGCUUCACAUCUGGACCCCCCAAGUAUAAAGAUAAUCCUUUCUCACUAGGAGAUGCCUUUGGCUCACAGUGGGAAACAGACAACUCCUCUUGGGGCAUUGACAAAGGGGAGGAGGAGACGGACAUCAAUAUCUCCAGCAUCCGGCCCAUUGGUGACAGACCUACCAACAGAAGAGAAACUGAGAGCAAGAUAUCUGUAGUGGAGUCCAACGAAGCUCGACAGAAAUUUGCAGGGGCCAAAGCCAUCUCCUCUGACAUGUUCUUUGGGCGGGAAGCUGAUGCUGAGUAUGAAGCCAGAUCCCGACUACAGCAACUCUCUGGCAGCAAUGCCAUCAGUUCUGCUGAUCUCUUUGGAGAGUCAGAGUCUGUGAACUCAAGUGGUGUAUCAAUUGGAAAUGUUCUGCCUGCUGCUGAUAUUGCCCAGUUCAAGCAAGGGGUGAAGUCUGUUGCUGGCAAGAUGGCUGUUCUGGCCAACGGUGUGAUGAACUCCCUCCAGGAUCGCUAUGGCUCAUAUUGAUGUUUCUGGGGAAUUUGCUGCUUGUGGCCAUCAGCGAAAAACCACUUGCACCUCAAGUCGUCUGGCAAAAAUCUGCAGGAUUGUUUCAAUCAAGCAUGGCUGGAGAGCUGCUUGAGAAUAGAGUUGGACGGAGAAAUGGACAUGCCUGGCAUUUGCUCAAAACUGCUCUGGACAUCAGUUGUGUUAGAAACGUAUUUUUUUCAAACCCAAACCUGCAAACAGACCAUGAGCUCGUCCAAAGAACGUCCUCUCACUGCUGUGCAUAGAGACAGGGUUGCAGAUGAAUGAUCACAUUGUAGUGCUGCUGUUUCUGCUUUUGUUCCACAAAGCUGCUCUUGGCAGAAAAAAUAUUGUGGAGGCAGGAAGCAGUAUUGAAUACUCUUCACCCUUCUGCAUCCAUGGGGACAUUGUCAUGGUGGGGAAUCCUUAGGCUGUCUUCUAGCACACAGGAAAGUUUCCAUGUCUGAACAAGUAAUUCUUACUGCUUCUCGAAAUCCACAUGGUGUAAGCCAAUCAUUUUGCAGGCAGUGGCUAAAAAGCCUAAAUCUACAGCAGACAGCAAAAGUUCAAAGCAUGUUUGGAAAAGAUCUCUGCAUGGAUUUAUGCUGCAAGUAUGGGGGAUAGUUAGAAAAUUAAUUCUACCCUCCCCACCAUAGCUUUGCAGAAGCAGAUUCUGGAAGCAUGUGAAAUAAAGGAAGGUUGUCUGGCCUGCACUUUCAUAGUAACCUGCUGCCUCACCUCAUUGGUGGUCUCUGAUUUCCAUUAAGUUCUUCCUUGGAGAAAAUGGGGGGUACAAUGAGGCAGUAUGGACUUUGCUCCACUGCCUCUGCCUCCACUCCUGGGAUAGUGCAGCUACUGCUAUUGCCACUCUCCCUCCCACUUGUUUGCACUGAUAGAUUUGCCUGAAUGUUAAGGCCUUGCUGUAUGUGGGGAAAGAAAGUUAAUUAAAGCAAUGCCUCUUCCUCCUACCCAAGCUUCAUUGCUGUCCCGUUGUUCUUUCUACAAGCCAAGCAAUUAUGGGGUUUUUUGCCCUACAUAUUUAGUUACAGCUCUUUCUGUUACUCGAAGAACUGGAGAAGAAAAAUGCUUCUUUAUCUCCUACUGUGCUGCUCUGAUGCCCAGGAUGUUCAACAAUAUCCUGCCACAAAGCAUCUGCUGAAUCUGCAUCCCUUAUCAAUGUCAGAGUUUGUUAUGCUCUUUGACUGGCAGUGGAGUCUUUUUGGCACAGUGGGAGUGAAGGGGGACUCACUACUGAGACCAGUCUGCAGUUGCAUUGUUCAGUAGCCGCUGUUGCAGCUGUCUCACCAGCAUGGAAUCUUCUGGUAGCUGCUGUUAUAGCUGUCUCACCAGGGUGGGAUUUCCUGCAAGUUCUUAUCAAAACAGACCAUAUUCCCUAGGAUAGUGGGCCAGUCUUGACUGUGGCAGGGCUAGUUCUUGCAAUGGGAGAGCAACGACUAAUAGAAUGUUGUACACCUUGAGGUUUAGUAAGGCACCCUUGCAAGAAGGAAGGGCUCACCUUAUAAUGGAGCAAUGUCUGUAUUUGCUUCUGUAUUUGAUUACUUGUGAGUGUGGUUGACCUCCAUUCUCCCUGUACGUUUCCUAAGAAGAUAAGUGACUGCAUGGACUUACUGAGUUGUUUCCUAUUAGCACUUUGCUCUGUUGCCCUUUACAUUAUUUUCUCCCUGGGGUCUAAAAAUGCACUGAUGUUUAUCUUUGACUAUUGCAAAUUUUGUCUUAAAAGAGGGUUACCUUUAGCACUUGCCCCUUUCAUUGAUGAGGGUUAGCUUAAUGCUCUCUCUGCUCUUAGACUGAAAGUGAGUUCUUUUCUUGGGCUGUCUGUAUACUCUUAAGUUAAUGGUGGUACUAAUGAGCUGUGUGUGGCCAGGACUGCGUCUCUGCUGUUGGGAGGGGGAGUCCAAAAGAGUCGUGUGGAUUCUCCCCAUCAAGUGAAUAAAAUCAAAUAUCUGUGUGUGCUCCA